AUUACUUUAGCGGUGGGCUGUACGGGCUCGCGACGAAACUGGGCGACCGGCGAAGUACCGACCAGUACCGACCACGCGACCCGCGAAAUCAGUGGGAAAGGACUACGCGUCUCAAGCUUCUUUUCUUGGAAUUCCAAUGAACUAUGGAUGCUUUGACUGAUGCAGACUGAAGUUUUCAUGUUUUUUAGCCCAUGCUGUUUGAAAUGCUUGAAAAUAAUUACAGUUGCAUGUUUCAAAGGUUGCAGCAGUUUAGUGACAAUUCCAAUUCAUUUCUCGGAACCUUGAGAGUCACGCGGAAGCGCGUUGUGCGUCGAAUUUGUUGUUGAAUUCGAAGUUGGCGCACCUUGAAUUAUAAUUGAUUGGUUAUUGACAAAGACAUUAUAAUAUUCACAUAAUAUUAUCAUCAGUAAUAUUUCCAGUGCUCUCGGGACUCUGAUGACAUCACCUCGCCCAGAGAUGACGUCGGAUGAGCCACUGGCGGACCAAUCAUCAGACUGCCCCGAUGUGGCGUCACCACCCUCUCUGGCUGCUGUGGAAGAGGAACCAAUCGACUCCCCAGAGCGAUCGCCGGGAGGUCCGGAAGGACCAGAGUCGGACUCUGACUCUGAGGACUCAGACUCUGGCCAGUCGGGAGUCAGCAACAUCAGUGGACUCAACUGGAAACCUAACGCAGGUCCAAUAUGCUGGGUGCAGGACCAGAUAGGGGCCGGUGUGGAUCCCGAGAGGUGCUGCACACCAUACGGCCCGGCCUGGGGCCGAUACCUGGCCAUAUCGAUGACAUCACCCUGUGGAAGCUCGUGAUUGAGAUACUGAGCGAGCCUCCGCGCCGUGAGAAGCUGCGUCAUGUCAACACCCUCUCCGACGUCGUCAGGCUGAUCCGUGGGGCCACCAACGUCAUCGUACUCACCGGAGCCGGGGUGUCUGUAUCGUGCGGCAUACCCGACUUCCGGUCACGUGACGGCAUCUACGCUCGGCUGGCGGUCGACUUCCCCGACCUCCCCGAUCCCCAGGCGAUGUUCGACAUACACUACUUCCGGCGCGACCCACGGCCGUUCUUCAAGUUCGCGCGGGAGAUCUAUCCGGGCCAGUUCAAACCGAGCCCCUGCCACCGGUUCAUCCGGAUGCUGGAGCGCCAGGGGAAGCUGCUGAGGAACUACACGCAGAACAUCGACACCCUGGAGCAGCAGGCCGGCAUCGAGAAUGUCAUCCAGUGUCACGGCUCGUUCGCCACUGCCUCCUGCCAGCGGUGCCGGUACCGCGUCCCGGCCGAAGAGAUCAGGGAGGAUAUCUUCCAACAGCGCAUUCCUGCGUGCCCGCGCUGCCCCGCCUCCGCCUCUGUCGUCUCCAUCACUUCUGGUAGUGGUAGAAACGACUCUACGGCGGCUGGUGGUGGAAGCGACUCUACGGCGGCUGGUAGUGGUAGCGACUCUACUGCCCCUGGUGGUGGUAGAAGUGAUUCUACCGCCCCUGGUGGAAGCGGCCACGGUGGUGUGGACAAAGGAGAGGAUUUGAAGGCUACCUGCAGCUCUGCUGACGCUGCUACUGCGGGUGAAGCGAAGCUGAAUGUGAAAGGUGGUGCUACUGAAGGAGCUACCUGUGGUACUACUGAUGCUACUGGCGGUGCUGCCGCCGGUGUGUCAUCUAGUGCUACGCCUAACACCUCAAGUGCCACUGACUCCAUCACGACCGCUGCCGCCAGCACUUCAUCCAACACUACCACUGCAGACUCGUCCAUCACCACGCCUGCAUCAACAUCUACACACGCACCUACACAGCCCUCGACUCACCGCUCUGCGUCGGUCGACGUCCACGACGUCUUUGUGGCUUCAGCAACGGACUCGGCUGAUGGUGAGGCUAUGGCUGCGGCUGCUGCCGCUGCUGACGCCUCGGAUGUGAUUGGCGUGGAUGAAGCCCUUACACACGGCGCAGAGGCAGCGAUGCAUGGAAAAACGCAUCAGCAUGGAAACGUGCAUGGACAUGGUGUCUCCCAUGGGCAUAGGUCCACGCACAAGCAUGGUGAAAGACAUGGACACGGUAGACCGCACCAACGUCAUGAAAAAGCCGAAGGACAUGACGAAGUCAACCAUCACAGUGGAGUAACUCAUCACCAUGGUGCAACCCACGAAAGUCAUCAACACAGUCACAAACAUCAUAGAAUGAAGUCUCAAAGCUCCCACACAUCUAACUCAAACUGUGAAGGAAGUACCACCUCUAGCGGUUCUACCAAACCUAGCGCCCAUGCGGAGUCAGCGUCAGAAAUCUCGGCCAAGAGCGGCGAGGAUUCUUCAAGGAUCCCUACUGUGUCCUCUUCUGAAUGGACGUCCUCCGAGCAAGUGUCCUCAGAGCAAGGACACACUGAGGAGAGAACAGCUACGGUAGAUGAAGACACUGCCGACUCCGGGUUCGCUGCCUCCACGCGAGAGGCGGAAGACGAUGGUGCGAGACCUUCCGGCAAGGACGACCGGCCGCCGUCCAUCAUGAAGCCUGACAUAGUGUUUUUCGGCGAGGGCCUACCGGAUGAGUUCCACCGCAGUAUGGAGCUGGACAGGGAACGGUGUGAUCUGCUCAUCAUCAUCGGAUCCAGCCUCAAAGUCCGACCCGUGGCUCUUAUACCGAGUUCUGUCAACCCGGACGUGGCCCAGAUCCUGAUUAACCGAGAGCCUCUGCCACAUCUCAACUGUGACGUCCAGCUGCUGGGCGACUGUGACGUCAUAGUGCACCACCUCUGCCACCUGCUGGGUGGCUCUUUCUCCGAGCUCUUAACUGGUGACGGAGACAAGUCACCAACUCUGCCUCUGAGGGAACUCACCGAGCUUCCCCCUCGCCCCGCGCCAUCUGCGCCGUCCUCACCGCUGGCCGACCCGACCAACGAGAAUGAUACUGACGCCCUCCGGCACUGCUGGCAGAGGAAACUGAAGGAGAGCGUCGCUGCCAGACUACCCGAGGGCACCUACCUGCACCAGCCGCCGUCCCGGUACAUUUUCCCCGGAGCGGAGGUGCUGGUCGAUCCUGACGACUCGGACAGCGACAGAGACUCGCUGGAUUCGGACCGCGGCAGUGACGAUGAGUCUCCGACCGCUGAUGGCGACCAUCUGAACAACUCCACGGAUACUCCAGAGACGGGCGUCACGCCUCCACACACCGACUCCUGUCCUCCAACGCCUCCUGGACGUACUGCAACCUCUGGAGCAUCAUCAGGAGCACCGGGAACGUGUUCUACAUCUACUGCUGAAGAGGAGACUUCAGCUACGCCGACGGUGAACCCUUCUUCGACAUCGGAUAUCGAGAAGGAGCCAGAAACGGUGGGUUCGUCAGGCUCAGCCCUGAAAAGGCCGAUCAGUGAAACACUAGGAGAGGAGGAGAGUGAUGUGAAGAGACCGGCGUUCGGUGGCGGAGGUGAGCCUGGCGUGUCUUCCGCCACCGCCAAAACCACCCCCGCCACCGCCCCCGCUGGAGACAGUGGUGGCGCGCAGAGUGCGUCGGAAAAUGCCACCGGCUCAGCUGAAGCGAUCAGCUAAUCUACCACUUCGGGAUUCGAUAGAACACACCGAAGUUGGGGUCAGCUUAGUGAGUUUUCACGUGAAUACCUGCACUGGAUGGUGACCAUAAAUAUCUAUUUUCAUACAGUGUCUAUCAGUGUGCGUUAACUAGCGUUGUGUCCUGUGACUAGUGCAGUUAGACUGAGUUUGGAGCAGGGAAGUGAAAAUCAUGAAUCCGACUGAUCCGGUUAGAAAUCAAUCAUGGGAACUGUUGUGGAGCUAUGAGCCAAUGGUGAGCUAAUUUAGGGUUACGAGCUCUAUGGAGCUAUGGGCCAGUGGUUAGGUUCAUUGAGAUUUCAGCCAGUGGUGAGCUAAUUUGGAGCUCGGGAUGAGCUAAUUGGAGAAUCUGUUGACCAGGGAUGAGCUAUAUGAACCAGUGAUGAGCUAUCCUGGAGCCAUGAGCCAGUGAUGAGCUAAUUAAUCCCUUUGUCGGCAUGUAGCCGAACACGCAGACCCGCCAGAUAACCAAUUUUAUUCGUGACAUCAUGACACACCGGAAGUUUCUUUUUUCUUCAGUACUUCGCUUCAGUUUAAUGAUGUGUUCCAGAAUAAAAAGAACCAUUUCA